AUGGCGCGCCCUCGCAAGGACGUCAAGUUCCAGCAUCAAACGCGCAGUGCCAGCAAUGGACGGGCUCGUAGGCCCUCGCAGUCUCUGUCCGAGUUCAGCGACCCCGGAAGCCCAACCACCAUCAAGGAGGAAGCGGCUCCCCCAGUACGUUGGCCCGCCCCCGAACAACCCCCCCAAACCGAGUACGAGAAGAAAAAGGCAAACUUCAUCACCCGCACAAUAUGGACCCUCGUCAUGAUUGCCGCCUUCUUCUGGGCUCUCGGCGCUGGCCACCUCUUCAUAAUCAUCAUGGUCACGGCCGUCCAAUGCAUAUCCUUCAAGGAGGUCAUUGCAAUCGCAAACGUGCCUAGCAAGGCCCGCAGCCUGCGCUUCACAAAGUCGCUCAACUGGUACUUUCUCGGCACCGCAAUGUACUUUUUGUAUGGCGAGAGCGUCAUCUACUACUUCAAACAUAUUUUGAUGGUUGACCGGCUGCUGCUUCCUCUGGCUACCCACCACCGCUUCAUCUCCUUUAUGCUCUACAUUAUUGGCUUCAUAUUUUUCGUCUUCUCCCUCCAAAAGGGCCACUACAAGUUCCAGUUCACCCAAUUUGCAUGGUCCCACAUGGCUCUGUUCCUCAUUGUCGGACAGGCUCACUUUGUCAUCAACAACAUCUUCGAAGGUUUCAUUUGGUUCAUCCUCCCCGUGUCCAUGGUCAUCACAAACGACAUAUUUGCCUAUCUCUGCGGAAUCACGUUUGGCAGGACUCCAUUGAUCCAAAUCUCACCCAAGAAGACCUGGGAGGGAUUCUUGGGUGCCUGGUUCUUUACCGUCCUCUGGGGUGUCGCCGUCACUCAUUUUGUCUCCCAGUACAAGUACUUUAUCUGCCCCGUCAACGACUUGGGCGCAAACAUCUGGUCUGGCCUCGAGUGCAGACCCAAUCCCGUCUUUGUUGCGCGCGACUACACAAUUCCCUUCCUUCCCGAGGGUCUUCCGUUCCCCCGCACCUUUAACAUCAUGCCCGUUCAAUUCCACGUCAUUAUGCUAGGAACCUUUGCCUCGCUCAUUGCACCAUUUGGUGGCUUCUUCGCCUCUGGUCUGAAACGAACAUUCAAAAUCAAGGACUUUGGCGAUUCUAUUCCUGGACAUGGCGGUAUGACUGACCGCAUGGACUGCCAGUUCAUCAUGGGAUCCAUUGCAUUCUUCUACUACUCGAGUUUUAUUGCUGUCCACCACACGACUGUCGGCGGCGUCAUCGAGUCUGCCAUUACUGGACUUACCUACGAGGAACAGAUGGAAGUUGUCAAGAUCUUGAGCAAGCACCUGGUGAACCAGGACAUAAUAUCACCAAAGGUGCUUGAACUUCUCUCCGAGCAAAUGGUGCGGAGAUGA